GAGAUGGGACCGGGUUACAGGAAGUGCAGUAGCUGUGUCCUUGCUAGCUAACUGGUUAGUUUGCUGCCUCAACAGGCAAAUGUGAGCGAAUUGGAAAGAUGAUUUGAACUAUAUCUGAACAGAGUUGAACAACAUUUGCAUUAAGUCGCAUUGGAUAACUGCGACAUGUUUCGUGUCGGAAGCAAAGCUGCAUGCAUGGCCUGCAGGAACUUGGUCGCCACUAAUAUGGGGGUGAGAUUCCGAGUCCCACUGCAGAAGCUGCACCCUCUGUCCCGGGCCAUCCAUCACCGCUAUUCGGGAAAUACAAACCCUCAGCGCGCACCCCAUCGCACAGCAGCCCGUUACUUUACCUCCAUGUCGAGGCUCCCGAUGCGACAGCCCAAGCCCUCUCCAGGUUCUGGAGGGCGCAACUAUCAGCAGCAUCGGGGCUUUUGGGUAGCCCGUCUGGCAGCUAGGUUGCUCAAGCUCCGAUAUAUUCUCCUAGGAACAGCCGUGGGAGGAGGCUACACUGCCAAAAAGACCUAUGAAGAAUGGAAGGACAUGUUUCCUGAUCUUAGUGAAUACAACUGGGUUAUUCCAGAUUUUGUCUGGGAACUAAGUGAACAAAUAGAUCUUGAUAAAAUUGCCAAAGCUCUACCAGAGAUGGAAGAAAUAGCAAAAUUGCUACCUGAUUUUGACAAAAUAGGAGAAAACUUCACUUUUCUGAAAAGCCUCUUGUCUUCUGGUGUGAAUUUGGGUAGUCAAGUCAAAGGAGCUUCUGGUCUGCAUCUGUUGUUAGAAACUACAGGUGAUCCACAAUUGAAAGCAUCUGAUACUCCAACUACUGUCCUGCAAGAGUCUAGUGACAAACAAUAUAAAAAGGGUCUGCUUGGGGAGCUCAUUCUUAUUCAGCAGCAGAUUCAGCAGCACGAGGAAGAGGUCCGGCGGGCCGCUGAAGCCAGUAAAGCGCGCCCCCCUCCACCAGAGCCUGCUCCCAUUCCACCUCCGAGCCCCAGUCCCCCUCAACAGAAGCGCAAGUCAUCAGACAAAGAAAAGGUUGACCAGCUUCAGGAAGAGCUCCUCCGCACUCAGCUGAAGUAUCAGCGGAUGUUAGAACGACUUGAAAAGGAAAACAAGGAGUUGAGAAAAGUGGUUUUACAAAAGGAUGACAAAGGAAUACAUCAAAGAAAAGUAAAGAAAUCCCUUAUUGACUUGUAUUCUGAAGUCCUGGAUAUAUUAUCUGACUAUGACUCAAAUUAUAACACUCAAGACCAUCUACCAAGAGUGGUUGUAGUUGGGGACCAAAGCGCUGGGAAGACAAGUGUAUUGGAGAUGAUAGCUCAGGCCAGGAUCUUUCCUCGGGGCUCUGGAGAAAUGAUGACACGGUCUCCUGUUAAGGUGACACUAAGUGAAGGCCCACAUCAUGUGGCGAUGUUCAAGGACAGUGGGCGGGAGUUUGAUCUGAACAAGGAGGAGGAUCUGGCUGCUUUGAGACAUGAGAUUGAGCUCAGGAUGAGGAAGAGUGUGAAAGAGGGACAGACCGUUAGCUCUGAGACAAUAUCCUUAAGUGUUAAAGGUCCUGGUAUCCAAAGAAUGGUGCUUGUUGACCUGCCAGGUGUCAUUAGUACUGUAACAACUGGGAUGGCAACCGAUACUAAGGAAACCAUUUUUAGCAUCAGCAAGGCAUACAUGCAGAAUCCUAAUGCAAUCAUCCUAUGUAUUCAGGAUGGCAGUGUUGAUGCAGAGCGGAGCAUUGUAACAGACCUCGUCAGCCAAAUGGAUCCUCAGGGCAAGAGGACCAUUUUUGUCCUCACUAAGGUGGACCUGGCUGAAAAGAAUCUGGCCAGUCCUAGUAGGAUUCAACAAAUUGUAGAGGGAAAGCUCUUUCCUAUGAAGGCCCUGGGAUAUUUUGCAGUAGUAACUGGAAAAGGAAGUAGUGCUGAAAGUAUAGACUCCAUUAAAGACUAUGAGGAAGACUUUUUCCAGAAUUCCAGAUUACUGAGGGAAGGGAUGUUAAAGGCUCACCAAGCAACCACAAAGAACCUAAGUCUGGCCGUGUCCGACUGUUUCUGGAAGAUGGUGAGAGAGUCUGUUGAGCAGCAGGCUGAUGUCUUCAAAGCAUCCCGCUUCAACCUUGAGACCGAAUGGAAGAACAACUACCCACGUCUCAGAGAACUAGAUCGUAAUGAGUUGUAUGAGAAGGCUAAAAAUGAAAUCUUGGAUGAAGUCAUUAGUUUAAGUCAAGUAACACCGCAACACUGGGAGUCAAUUCUACAAAAGAAAUUGUGGGAGCGAGUUUCAACCCAUGUGAUAGAAAACAUCUACCUGCCUGCUGCUCAAACAAUGGACUCUGGUACCUUCAACACCACUGUAGAUAUAAAGCUGAAGCAGUGGACAGACAAGCAACUUCCACAUAAAGCACUAGAGGUUGCCUGGGAGACACUGCAGGAAGAGUUUGCCCGCUUCAUGGCUGAAUACAAAGGCAAAGACCAGGACGACAUUUUUGACAAGCUGAAGGAGGCGGUCAAGGAUGAGAGCAUUAAGAGGCACAAAUGGAACGAAAGAGCCAUGGACAGCCUGCGAGUGAUCCAACACAAUACCCUGGAAGACCGCUCUAUUACAGACAAGCCUCAGUGGGAUGCAGCAAUUCAGUUCAUGGAAGAAACCCUGCAGUCCCGACUUAAAGACACGGAGUCGGUAAUCAGAGAUAUGGUUGGUCCAGACUGGAAAGAGAGGUGGAUGAACUGGAAGAACCGCAGCCCAGAGCAGCAUAUCCGAAAUGAAACAAAAAAUGAGCUGGAGCGCUUGCUAAAACUUCAUGAUGAACACACGGCAUACUUGGCGAAUGACGAGGUGACAACAGUCCGAAAAAACCUGGAAGCCCGCAGUGUAGAAGUGGAUCCAAUCCUGAUCAAGGACACGUGGCACCAGCUGUACCGACGGCACUUUUUACAGAAGGCACUGUCACACUGUAAUCUGUGCAAGAGAGGUUUUUACUAUUACCAAAGGCACUUUGUCGAUUCUGAGCUGGAGUGCAAUGAUGUGGUCCUGUUUUGGAGAAUCCAGAGGAUGUUGGGAAUCACAGCCAAUACUCUCCGACAGCAGCUCACAAACACUGAAGUUCGGCGGUUAGAAAAAAAUGUUAAAGAAGUGUUGGAGGACAUCGGGGAAGAUUCUGAGAAGAAAACUCAGCUCAUCACCGGCCGCCGGGUCCAGUUGGCCGAGGACCUCAAAAAAGUACGAGAGAUCCAGGAGAAACUUGAAGCUUUUAUAGAAGCACUUCACAAGGAAAAAUAAAAACAUAAAAGAUUUGAAGGUCAACCUGGAUCGCCCAACACAAUGCACUGAGCAAAUACAAGACGAGCUGUAAAUGACAUUACUCCCUGACCUUUGACCCAUCUCUCAGCUGAUUUUAACCCCCAUUUUCUCAGACACACAUGGGAACAUGGAGCUGGAUAUCUAUAUUUACGUCAUGUGUUGCCAUCUGAAGUCUGCAGAACAGUUGGACUUGUGCACAAAAGCCCAAACACUGUCACCUUGAGGAUUGCAUUACACGGUGUUAUAUCAUUUAAUUGAAUAAAUGAGGACUGAGCGCUCUUCUAUUUGUCUGUGUAGUACUGUAUGUCCAUGUAUGUCUUUUUCAUAGAUGUGUUGGCACUGUUGAUGAUUGGUGAAAUGGCAUUGAAUUUGAUUACCUCAGUGGUCCUAAUUAAUUCCUUAAAUUUACGGGCUUAUUGUUAUUGCGUUAUUGCAUCUCGAGCACUUAUACGUUUUCGCCGUUUUGUUUGACUUCAUUGUUUGGGUAUCAUUACCUCAAUACAAUCCACUACAAAUUGUUCUUUUAAACAUAAUGCACUUUUUGUUUUGUCAUCCUGGAUUGAAAGUAAAAAAAUGUGUGAGUUCAAAUUCCCAUACAGAGUGGGAUGGCAUGGAUAUAGUCAACUGAACGCUCAAAACAUAACAUUCAUGUUUAGGAUUAAAGAUAAAAAUUACUAUGACAUUACUAUAUAGGUAUUCCACUCUUUUUGGCUGGUUUAUUUUUGCCAAAUGCAUACAUUUAAAAACAGGCCUAAGACAUGCUUCAAAGGGUGAAUGCCUUUCUCAGUUAGUACUUUCUUCAGUGCCAGAAGUGUCCAUGCUCCCCCCUUUCAUCCCGCCUCUUUGUACUUACUUUGUACCUAGACUUCUCAAAUAUCCCAUGCACUCAUUUCCCUUUCCUACUUUAGAAAAAUCCAUGUCAUUGAACAUAUUGACCCAUGUGUAUGAUGGAAUAUAAACAUGGUAUAUGUACUGUGCAUUGUUGUACAGAUAAUAAGAACCAAUCGCCGUAGGAUCAUGUACAGCAGUGUAUGCACAAUAUGUAACAGAACCCAAGUGAACCUGGCUUGAGAAAUCUUGUUUUAAGAUGUAAAGAUAUUGUUUGCAUGUGGCCCCCCCAAGAAAUGUGCUUUAUUUAUUAAAUUGUGUUAAAAAAUAAAAUAAAAUACUAUUACAUUUUUCGUAAUGUACCUGUU